GUUGCCAAUAGCAACAUGACCAAGCUCCCCACGGUCAGAUUGCUCGAAUGCGAGGUGGGCGAAAAUGGCGAUGGCGUCUUCCGUCUUCUGGUCGACGGCCAAUUUGUCAAAUAUCUCACAGUUGAGCCCGGCAUAUACGAAGUUGAUGACCUAUGUUUUGAACCAUCCUUGGUCCGCAUCUUACCUAAAUUCCCUACUGGUAAUUGGAACGAAGCUUUUGUGGCCAGGAACGACGAUGACGGUCAGCCGUACUUCGCAUGCUUUAACCUGACUCAAUUCCCCUCCGUCCAGAACGCCUGGCAUAAGACCUUGGUCGAAUAUACAGAUAUGACGCUGGGAAAAUACCUCCGACGAGGGGUUUACGAAGCCAAAUGUCCCGGAUUUCACGAUCUCGUGGUCGCCAAGUUCGCGACCUUUAACCAUGAAAUUCAAUACCUGGAGAACGAGACCACAGCUUAUCAGUGGCUAGAUGGUUAUGUCAUUGGCCCUCAAUUUUUGGGUCAUAUCACCGAGCACGGCCGUGUCAUUGGCUUCCUGAUGGAGCGCAUCACUGAUGCACGGCACGCUGGCCCGGAGGACCUUCAGGCGUGUCAGGAAGUACUUUCACGACUCCAUACCCUAGGGCUUCGACACGGAGAUACCAAUCUACACAACUUCCUUAUUCGCGAGGGAAAGGCUAUUUUGAUUGACUUCGACACGACCCGCAAGUGUGACGAUGAAGAAUCGCUUCGGACCGAGCUGGAAAUGCUACCCGUGUGUCUCGCAGAUAAAUCGGGCCGAGGAGGUACUACCGUGAGCUAUUCUGAAGGCGAGUAAGAGCUGGUGGACUCAUGUCAGUGAAGGAUGAAUUGUA